UCUUUCCCGUACUCCAUAAUAUGGAAUGACCACCUUGUUUUCGGCAGGUCCUCGCGGCGCGCAGGACGAGGAUCGCGCAGGCGCGAUGCUGUGGGAGAGCCCAACUGGCGUGCCUCCUGCGCAUCGCCGAGAUGCAAACUAACGCCUCGGCCGAAGCACUGGAAGAUUUCUGCCCGCCGGUGUGGGGCGGCAUCCUGUGCUGGGGCAGGGCGUCUCCAGGACAGCUGCUCACCCAGCGCUGCCCGGCCUACAUCAUCGACUUUUAUUUGCAGGUGAUGGACCAAGAAUCCGACAACUCAAAGAGUGUGCAAGGAAUCUAUCUACCAACGCCAAGUUACAAAAGGUGUGUGACAUUUCAUUGUCAUUGUGUUUUUUUUAAGUUCGGAUGCUCUGCGAAUUCGAUUUCUAAAACUUUUGAUGUUCUUGAUGUGUUAAAUAAAUCAUCUUUUGAAAAUGAAAAUUAUAUACACUUCAAUGUAAAAAUAUAUUUGAAAUGGCUUUUAAAACUAUUUGAAAUGUUGUUGGAACUGUAUUGCAGUCACACAUUAGUGGAUGGAGUUGGGAUUGUGUAGGUUUUCCGUAUUGAGACGAAAUAUAAGCCGAAGUGUACCUAUAUUUAUGAAUUCGGUGUGAUAGGUACCUUUGCGGUAAAUCUCGGAGUAUUAUUUAUUAAUUGUCGUGAAUUUUAACCCCUAGAAGAAUGAGUUUUCUAAGCAAAGUGUUCGGUGGUAAGAAAGAUGGAAAGGCUCCGACCACUGGCGAGGCCAUUCAGAAACUCAGAGAAACUGAAGAAAUGUUAAUCAAAAAGCAGGAGUUUUUAGAGAAGAAAAUCGAACAAGAAAUCGGCGUUGCUAAGAAAAAUGGCACGAAAAAUAAGCGGGCUGCUAUCCAAGCUCUGAAAAGGAAAAAGAGGUAUGAAAAGCAGUUGCAGCAAAUUGAUGGCACCUUAUCAACAAUCGAAAUGCAAAGAGAAGCUUUGGAGGGUGCUAAUACCAAUACAGCUGUAUUACAAACAAUGAAAUCAGCAGCAGAUGCCCUUAAAGCAGCUCAUCAGCAUAUGGAUGUGGACAAGGUUCAUGAUAUGAUGGAUGAUAUUGCUGAACAACAAGAUGUUGCUAGAGAAAUAUCUGAUGCGAUCUCAAAUCCUGUUGCAUUUGGACAAGAUAUAGAUGAAGAUGAGUUAGAGCGUGAGUUAGAGGAAUUAGAACAAGAGGAAUUGGACAAAGAAUUGCUUGGAGUAGGUCCUACUGCUGCAGAUGAACUGCCAUCUCCUCCAACAGCUUUGCCUGCUGUAGCUGUUGAAAAGAAAACAACUCCCAAAGAAGAACUGGAUGAGGAAUUUAAGGAGAUGCUCUCAUGGGCUUCGUAAAAUUUGUGCAGUAUUUCUCUCUGGUAUAUGUGUGUUUGUUACAAUGAAGCAAGUAAAUUGGGAGAUUCUACAAUUGUAUAUAUUUACGACUUUCAGCUUUAUUGAUCUGGUUCGUAAUGUAUCAUAUAUAUAUAUAUAUAUAUAUUUGGCAAAUGAAGGAGGCUUGAAUAGCUUCUAAUAAUCAAGCUGCAGCAGCUUUAACAAUGUUAACAAAUCUGUAGAAAGGGAGCUUGAACUUUUUAUUUUAAAUCCGGUUUAAUGUAUAAUAUAUUUCUGCCUCGAGUACAUUGUUUGAAUUCACAAAACUACCUUUGGAUCAUUUCUGUCAUUUGAGGAAUGUUAAUUUUUGUUUCACCUAUUAGAAAACUUUUUUAACGAACUUUUUAUUUAAUGUCUAAUUUUUUGUUACUGUGGAUAUUUUUGACAUAUGUGUGUUACUAGAAAUAUUAUUCUGAUAUAAGCCCUAUCUUUGCCACACAAGACACUUGAAUUCUACCUAAUAUAUUGUUACCUUUCAUGAUCUAUUUUGUUGUUAUAAGCAAAAUGACAUACUUUAAUUCUGCUUCAAUUAGCUUGUAUUCAUCAUGCAAGCUUGGAAUGUUUGUUUCAUCUAUGCAAAGUUUUAGCCUAGUGGCUUGUGUACUGUAUAUUGUAUUGGUGUGCUGAUGGCUAUGUAUUAUUUGUUUCAUGAUGAGAGCGCUUGGUAUUUUUCUCUUGAAUAAUUUUGACUUGACUCUAAACUUGGCAUGUUGAAUGCUCAUUGAAAAAGAAACUUUGCCUAUUUUUACCUGGAUCCACAGAGGGGGGGGGGAUAUACCAUCCAUUUCACUAAGGAGAAAUAUUUCUUGCAGAUGCAAAGAGUCAAAGCUGCUGGCUAAGUUGAGAGAGUGGAUACAAUUAGUAUCAUUUGAUAUUAUUGUGUAUGUCAUGAAUGGAACUGUGUAUUCUUUACGUCAGUCAACAUGCCUUAUAAUAGUUGUAAAGUAAAGCAUUGUUAGGUAAAUGAUGUACUGUGCAAGAACAACUAGUGGCAGUUGAAUAAAAAUAUUCUUUAUAA